GAAGCCAGUGUCUUCUGGGCCUGCUACUACCAUUCACAGUUGGACAACUCUUGUGAAAUCUGCGAGCAAAAACUCUCUCCAACAAAGAUCAGUAGUAACUAAGUAGUGCUACUCGUAACGAGGUGUGAGUGGGCAUCAGUAAAACUGUGGACUGUUGUGUAGGGACCGGUUAUAAAAGCCACACCCGUAAGAAGUCCGACUCUCUUCCAACACUGGAAACAGGUGCACAGUACGCAGUGGAAGUCAUUUAAACAGUCACAAGUAUGACGCUUACUAGCAAAUCGGGCGUUUUCUGCCUACUUUUUGUACUACUGGCCGUGACCUUGGUGGAGUGUGGGGUGAUGAACAACGAGAGCGUGUCGGUAUCCUCCUCGUCGUCCAUCACAAAGUCCAAGGCUACCCAGGAGGCCAAAAAGCCAUCCGCCCGUGGAGGAAAGGUCCUCUACACGGCGCCAUACUCGCAUGUACGGGUGAGCAAGAAUGAACCCAAGUCCCUCCUGGCGCCCGGAGUCCCCCCAAAGUUCCAGUUCCGCAGUCUCCAAGGACCAGUCCUCAUCAGAAAGGGAGAGGAACAGCCCAGCACGACCACUUCGACGACCACAACCACCACAAUGCCCUCCGUCGUCCUGAUCGACAUAGUGACUGAGCCAGACACGAGUGAGGAGGAGGAAAUGAGGGACACAGAAGACUCCACAACGCAAAUGGCCGCGACGACCGUCAAAGUUUAAGGGAGAAGAUGUCAUGUUCAAAAAUAAUAUUUUCUUAAAGUAACUCAUGGAAAAGAGGAUGCGGGUUGUGGGUACGAUAGUUGAUAACAAUAAAACAUACUGCCGAAAGAGGUUUUAAACACGGGUUAAAGAUAUUUUGAUGUAUAUAUAUAUUCAUUUUAUUUUCCUUCAUCUUCACCCGCCUACUAGUAUAAAUAAGGUACCACAACAAUUUGGUGCACCAAAAAAAAUUGACGUACGCACACUCACAUUACUUAUUAACUUUAGGACGAUGAUGAUAUACAACAUAAAAUUGCGCAACAAUCCGGUCUAUCCAUAUACAGCGUAAUACAAAUAUAUUUAUAAAUUCCUCAGAAAAAU